AUGUCUCUUGCAUUCGAAGGGGGCUCUCAGGAUGCUGGUUUGCCGGUUUUCUUGCCCCGUCUGCGUUCUCCCGAUUAUUACACUCGUCCCUCCGUAAGCGAGAUUGCCUUCAGGGAGUCUGCGGAAGAAGGGUACUGUUGUAGAGUGCCGGACUUCGUAAUCGGGAGAGUUGGUUACGGGAAGGUGAAAUUCUUCGGGACGACUGAUGUUAGUUGGCUGGAUUUGGAGAAGAUCGUUAAGUUUGGCAGGCACUCGGUGGUGGUCUACGAGGACGAGGGUGAUAAGCCCCCGGUUGGUCAUGGGCUCAACAAAGCCGCACAAGUGUCUUUGUUCCUCAAGGUCGGGUUGGGAGAUUUACAGGGGGCGGGGCUGGACGCGCUCGUGGGGAAGUUGAAGCGUGUCAGCGAGCAGCAGGGAGCUCGCUUUGUUUCUUUCGACCCGAUAAAGCGUGAGUGGAAAUUCGUGGUUCGUCAUUUCAGCAGAUUCGGUUUGAUCGAUGAUGAUGACGACGCAGAGGAAGAAGAUGUUCUUAUGGAUGAAACUCAGCUUUUAUCAGAUGCGAAUAUGGAAGAGCCUCAAGCGAAUCCUCCCGCAGCAUUUAGCCUGUCACAUUCACUCCCAGCUCAUUUGGGGCUUGAUCCUCUAAAGAUGCAAGAGAUGCGCAUGCUGAUGUUCUCAGGAGAAGAUGAACGUGAAGAUUUGGAAGCUUCCAUUGCGGUAGAUAAAGGAUGCUGGGGCAAAGACAAUUUACUUUCAGAUUCACCCAGUUCUCGUGCAAGAACUUCCAUCCAUAGGUCUCCUUCACAGGCUUCCGCCCAGAAAAUGAGUCCCAUGAGGAAGGCACCGGUAGCUCUUUUGGAAUAUGAUGCAAAUAGCUCUGACCGCCAAUUGUCUGGAAACAUUCUUAUGAAUCGGCAGGCAAGGGGUUUUCCGGUGAGAAUUACUAAGGCAGAAGGCUUCAAACUGGAUGCAAAGCAAGGGACACCAUUGACGGGUAGCUAUUCUGCUAACAUUGUUGAUGCUGCGUUGCUUAUGGGUAGAUCCUUUCGUGUUGGGUGGGGACCAAAUGGUAUCCUCGUGCACUCUGGCACACCGGUUGGUAAACCCAGGAAUGGAUUGUCUUCUAUGAUUCAUUUUGAAAAGGUGACAUUAGAUGCAGCGGCUAGAGAUGAAAAUGGUAAGGUGAAGGAGGACCUUGUUGAUCUUUUUUUCGUAUCACCACUGAAGCUGCAUAUGUCUUUAGAUCAUGAAUUUAAGCAGAUUGGAUCGGAACCAUGCGACAUCCGGAUCCAAAAGAUUGUAGCUGAUCGCUUUACUCUUCCAGAGAUCUGUCGGGGGUUUAUUGAGAUUGUAGAGAGGCAACUCGAUGUCCCUAGUUUAUCUGCAUCUUCUCGUGUCAUCUUGAUGCAUCAAGUUACGGUUUGGGAGUUGAUAAGAGUUCUGUUUUCAGAUAGGGUAGUUGAUGGGCAAUCGCCUCCUCUAAUUGAUCCUGAAGAAGACGACAUGGCACUUGACAAGAAAGACAUGUCUUCUGAUGUGGAUCUAGCUGCAAGCCACUUGAUUAGAAGAGCCAAUUUCAGCUACUGGUUGCAAGAGAGUGUCCGUCAUCGUGUACAGGAAGAUGUCAGCGGCUUAAAUGGAUCCAACUUUUUAUCUCACUUGCUCCUACUCCUGACAGGCAGGCAGUUAGAGACGGCUGUGGAAUUGGCCGCUUCAUCUGGAGAUGUGAGAUUGGCCAUUUUGCUGAGUCAGGCUGGUGGAUCAAUGGUUAAUCGGUCUGAUGUUGCUCGACAACUAGACCUCUGGAGAAUAAAUGGCCUUGAUUUCAAUUUUAUUGAAAAUGAAAGGUUGAAAUUAUACGAACUGCUCUCUGGUCAUGUUCAAGGUGCUUUUCAUGAUACUAAAAUUGAUUGGAAAAGAUACCUUGGGUUAGUGAUGUGGUACCAUUUGCCGCCUGAUACUUCUCUAUCCUUCAUUGUUCAUAAUUAUGAACAGCUUGUCAGUGAAGGAAAGGCUCCUUUCCCUGUGCCGGUGUACAUUGAUGAAGGACCACUUGAAAAGACAAUGAGCUGGAAUGUUGGUGACCGUUUUGACAUCACUUACUACCUCAUGCUUCUUCAUGCUAAUGAUGAGGGACAUUUUGGCGAUCUAAAAACUAUGUUCAGUGCCUUUUCUUCUACUCCUGAUCCACUUGACUACCAUAUGAUCUGGCAUUACAGGGCAGUCUUGGAAGCUAUAGGCACUUUUACUUCAAGUGACCUGCAUUUGCUUGACUUGAGUCUUGUUUCUCAGUUGCUAUCUCUUGGACUUUGUCACUGGGCAAUCUAUGUUGCUCUUCACAUGUCUCAUAGUGAGGAUUUCCCUCAUGUGCAGGCUAGUCUUGUCAGGGAAAUAUUAUUUCGAUAUUGUGAAACGUGGAAUACACAGGCAGUACAAAAACAGUUCAUUGUGGAUCUUGGUGUACCAUCAGCUUGGAUGGAUGAAGCAUUGGUAAGAUUAUUUCUCAGACAGCUAUUACCUUGGUUACACUGCUUACUUUUUCAUCUAACGGGUUGGGAAAAUAUGUAUGAAACGCAAUUUUUUUCUCAUGGUUGUAUUUUUCAUUACUGAAGAAUAGAAUUGGUCUCCCUUCCGUUUUUUUGUAUGAACAGCUAUUACCUUCCGUUUUUUUUUAAUUUUCAUUUUGUUGUACUAUGAGGAUGUUCGUCAACGUGAUCUCUCUCUUCACUCAUGUAAAGCCCAUAUUCAAGGUAGUUUAGGCAUUGGCCGAUGAUACCUCCAUGACAUUUGACCAACCUCUCACAUCAUCACAUACUAUCCAAGAACUCUUUUCAGUUCCAUGAUUCAGUCACUCCCUUUAGGCAGAUAAUAUGGUGUUUAGGGUCAUGUUUAAAUUGUUUUUUUCUCCAAGUGAUGGCUUGUCUGUUUUACAGUCUCACUGCAGUUAUAUUCUCAUUAGUAUUCUCUGAUUACUAUAUAUAUGCUUAUUUUCUUAUUAAUAAUAUUUUCCCACGUCCGUACAAGGUCCUAAUUUUUUUCUGAUUGGUGCAGGCAAUAUAUUUUGAGUACCAAGGUGAUCUGCCUGCGGCUCUAGAUCAUUUUCUUGACUGUCGCAACUGGCAAAAAUCCCACACAGUUUUUAUGACUUCAGUGGCUCAUUCAUUAUUUUUAUCAUGUGAGUAUAUGGUCAACAACGAAUAAAUGCGAUCUUUUCUUUUCUCAUUCGAUGGGUGCCAUCUGUGGUUGAUACUUUCCAUUUAACUUUACAAGUUACGUAUCCACAUGUGGAUUUGCCCACUUUUCGGCUUGAUUCACCUGUAAAGGAAAUUGUGCUAUGAGUGCGUUUUAAGUUGAAAUGGAAUGGGGUUUUGGGAGUGGCAUAAGUGAGACCAAGGGCUGUCUUUAGAUGGUCUUUUUCUCCUUAGUCCAAGUUAUUCUCUUUCUUUCCUCUUCUAUUUGAAAAACAGGUCUAGACAAGCUGAAAUGAUAGCUUGGAAACACAUGUAUCUUUGAAGUUGUUAUCUUGAAGACGUCAGAGACUGUUGAUGGUAGGGCUAUAAGAAUGUAUGGGGAAAGAUAGUGGCUGAAGUGGCAAGCUGGUUGGUUAGUGGAAUGGAAGAUUUUAUUGACAUGCGAUGAGAAACUCUUCAGGCCAGGAAGUGGACCAUGAUGGGGGCUGGGAGAGGUAGUGGCCUUCAGGCCAGGUAGUGCUUCAAGACGUGUAAGUAUCUAAGAAUGAAGGUGUUGACACCAAUAACUAUCUGUUGGAAUUUUUGGUUGCAAAUUUUCAUCUCUCCAUAAGGGAAAAACUUUAGGCAUGAAAAUAUAGGUGCAGAAUCUAUACAAUUUGUUAUGGUAGAGACUUGAAUGAUUCCUGCGGACCUAGAUAUUUUUUAAUGUUAUUCAAGCUAACUACCAAUAGAUUCUUGUCCUUUUUUUUUUUUUUUUUCGAUUUUGAGAUGGUGUAUGCCUUUUGCUGUAUUACCGUUUGUAAUUACGAAGUGUGUGGUGUCGAUGUUUUGAAGAAUAUUUUUCUAUUCAUUCUAAGUCUAACAGUUUUUUGAAGAUCUGAGUUUCCCUUUUUUCUCGUCGCCUAUUUUCUUCCGAAAAUAUUUUCUUAGGGGAACUUUUGCAAGAUUGAUCAGUCAGUGCAAUGUGUCCCUGAUCAGCCGAUUGGGAAACUUCACCUUAGUGAUCUAGACCCUAGUUUCUACCUGAAGGUUGAAUGUUCCUAUACCUGGGAUACCCUACACCACAUCCUAUGGGACUUAAAUUGCAAAAUAGAAGGGAAGGUCCUUUGACUCUUUGUUCAAUCUAUCUGACCUUAAAUUGAUUGAAUGAGCUUGCUAUCUUUUCUUAUCGCUCGUGCAUGCAAAAACAAAUAUGAACAGGUUAAAAAAGCAAAAAGAAACCAAUAAAUCUUGUAAUCAAUAUCAAACACAGGUAGAGAUACUACGUUCAUUGAGUUCAAGAGCACUAUGUCGUUUGUUUUUGUUUAAAUAUGGGCGACUGUGAUUUCUAUAUGAUAUUCAUUUAUCCUUAAAAUGAAUGUUGGGUGCCUUUUGAUAAUAGAUUGUCCUGAUUCAAAUCCCUGAUAAUGCAUUAAGUGUAGAUUUUUUUGUAAAGGCUGCAUUCAUUCUGAUUUUGUUUCUUAAAUGCUCAUUUUUUGAUUGAGCGAACAGAAAAAGAAGCAAUCGAUUUUUAUUCCUUUCAUGUUCAAAAUGAAGCUAUUGGACUUCAAAUGUAGUUCAAAUAUCAAUUUUUAAAGGUCUUCUCACUUCAGUGUUGAUAUUUGCGCAUUUUGACUUGUUUGACAAUUUUGACAUGGUGACACGAAUUAUAUGAAAUAAUUUUUACAGUUUUAAGUGAAAACAUGUGGCUUUAAGUAGUGAUGGAGUGCAUUUGUUAUUUGUUGUCUCUACUUGCAUUCACAAUUGUGUCCCAUGAUUCCACUGAAACACUAAUAUUUGUAGUGUUUUACCUCAAUUAGCUGUCUAAGUAUUAUUUGAAUAUUUCUGAAUUCAUUUGUUUGUUUUUUUAGCGAAGCAUGCCGAAAUUUGGAGACUAGCGGGUAUCAUGGAGGUUCAUAAGGCAGAAAUAGCAGAUUGGGAUUUAGGAGCUGGAAUCUAUAUUGAUUUUUACACUAUAAAAAGUUUUCUGCAGGAGAAUACCAUCAGUGAACUGGUAAGACUAGAUUCAUGUCGCUAUCAUUGAAAAUGUCAAAAAUGAAAAUGUCUUAUCUUAUACACAAAUUAUAUAAGCCCUUUACUGUCAAAAAUGAAUAACUAGUAAUUGUUACAUGAAUGAGCUCCUUACCUUCUCCUUUAAAAUCCAUAAUCUGCAUAUUUUUCCUAUAUUUGAUGUUGAUGAAGUCAGAGCAUUUGAUCCCAGUUGGUUAUCGAUGCUUCAUUUUUUCGCCUGGUUUCUCCUUUAGAGCAACUGUGCAAGAGGUUCCUGAGGAUUGAGAGUUAUAUGGACUUGAGAAUAUCUGGAGCAUCCUGUUGACUUGAGGGGAUAAGAAAAAAGUAUGAGUUUUAAGAUACUAGAGGGGAUCAUGGUGACCUGCGAAAAAUAUUCUUUGGUAUAUGUUCUUAGAGUCAGAACAUCGUCCGCCUAAAUUGAAAUGGAAGUAAGAUAAUCUCAGAUAUGAGCGCAGGGGAUACCAUGACCAUACUUACUAAGGUAUGGUUUGCUACAGGGCAUCAAAGAGUUUAGUGGUGCAUUCUAGUUGCAAGUUUCUUAUACUAAAGAGUCUAAGAACCGACAAUGCUUGAUCCAAUGAAUAGAGAAUAACCCAACAGGAUAUUGAGAUUUUUUUUUUUUCAUUUAAAAAAACUAGGAGUAUGUCAAAAGGGAGGAUCUAGUGCUGCUUGGUGGAGCAUUUGGCUUGGGUAAAAGAUGUAACGGGUUCAAAUCCUUUCAUCCCUGUCAAUUACUAGUCAGAAUUUCAGUCCUGCCUUUAUGUUCUCUGAUUCAAAUAACAAAUUUCAAUGCAACCUUUACUGGCAGUCAUCUAGCCCUCGCAGUAUAAAUUGCCCAAUCUUAACGUUUUCAAGAGUAUAGGCUUGAUCCUGCGUGGACAUUCUUGGUCGUAUUCAGAACCAGUGAUCUUCUCCUCUCUGUAUGAUGUGGGUCAUGUCAUAUCCCGUGAAAAGGGGAAAUUGGAGGGAGGAAGCAUGCCUGGUCAUAGAGGCUUAGUGCCAUCAUGAGAGUGGUAGCAUUCUGGGGGUGGAAGGCAGUGAUGGUGGAGUAAUGGCGAUCAUUCCAGGGUUUCAUGUUGAUGCCAUGACGGCUAUUGUUGGUGAAGGUGUAGCAAUGAUACUUGCAAGCUUCAUAUUGCGGAAAAAGAAGGGCAUAUUGCGACAUUUAUCAUAUCAAAGGGGAUGCGUCAUGAGGCGUGAUGAAGUCAUUUGGGCUCAAAAGUUGUCUUGAGUUUGGCUCAGCUUACUGGCAGGCCAUGAGAUGCAUUGCUGGCGUUUGACAGCAUUGCUAUUUCUUUUCAACAUACACCUUUCAACCUUCUCUAAAUUAUUGUGAAGAUCAUAAUCAGUUGUGUACUGGGGAAUAUUCUUGAGAUACACAGAAAGUGACUGUACAGGAACCAUGGGUGUACAAGCCUAUUUCCAUUUUGGGUAUUUCCUGCUCUGGAACUACCUCAAUUUCCCUAACUUUCGUUCAUUUUAAUGCACACCUAAAUUUGCCUGUUUCGUGUUCUUCCCCAAUGUUCCAGAGUUUUGACGCAGCGAGAAAUUUCUAUCUGUGCGCUCCAACGUAGGGAUAAUUCUGUGUCUUGAUGAUUGGUUUAUUUUCGUGCCGUGGGCAUUAAGGCGUGGAGCAUGAACAGUGUGUGCGCCACACCAUACAUGAAAUCUGAUGGGAUCUCAAUCACUGCCGAGGCAAUAAGAAUUGGUUGAACAGGUUGGAACCCGCUGAACUAGACCAGGUUGAAUGGUCAAUUUACCAGUUUUCAGUGCCAGAUCAAUGGUUCCCAUUGGGUCCAGUUCUGGACCAGAUAAAACCAAGCCAUAUAGAACACACAUGGAGACUGACUGAAAUCCUCAAAAGGUUGCAAAACGGCCUUUAGCAUUUCUUAGUUAAAUUGGGUGAAACACACAGACAAGAGCUGCUGUUCUUUCUCAUGCGUCAGUGGAUUCAGUCUUUAAUUUCCUGAUGAAUUCCUAGGAUGGUCUAUGCUCAUGAAGCUCUGACCAGGAUAUGAUCUUGCCUCUGGACUUUACACGCAUUAUUUUCCAUAAAAGUCUCAAGUGCUUCCUCUCAAGUACUUUUCCUCUUAUUUGGGCAAAUCUGAAAUCUCAACAGGAGUCGCUCGAGGAGAAAGAUCAUGCGUGCAGAAGUUUAUUCGGUCGUCUGAAAGAAUCGUUGUCUGCCUGGGGGAGCAGAAUCCCUGUUGAUGCAAGGUAUACAUCCUCUCAUGCUAUCUCCAAGCGUGCAUGUAUGAGCUAUUUUUCUCAAGUUCCCGGGCUUGGUUCUGAAGCCCAAGCUUUGUUUCCAGCCAUAUUGGAGCCAUUUUUCUAUCUAAUCUCUUCUCGGUGAUUACUUGUUUUGGGUCCAAGAAAAAGGGUUUUUGGCAUUUUUCUGAGGGAUUAUCUUGGGAUUAUGAAGGUCACCACAUCUGAGGAGGUUUCGUCUUGUUUUAAGGGCUGCCUACUCGAAGAUGGCGGAAGAGCUCUGUAGGCUGUUGGUGUCUCUCCCCGCUGAGGGCUCGUCGCCAUCUGUCCAGAUGAGCUGCUUCGAGACGUUGCUCGGCGCCCCGACCCCGGAGGACCUUCGCAGCCGCCACCUGCAGGAUGCCCUCUCUGUCUUCACAUUCAUCCUCUCGGAGAUGGCGACCUGA